UCUUCUUGUAGUUGUGGUCACUGGCGUAGCCUAACCUUAUACUUGUAAUUAAGGUUAUGUUAUUUAGUAUUUAUGAUAGGUUAAUAUUCUGUUUUUGUGAAGAAAUACUUGACAUAUAAAUUUAAAUAACAAUGUCGUCCUGGAAGAAAGCAGCGAAAUCAACACAGAAAACUCAUCGUGAAAGGCAUCAACCAGAAUCUCGAAAACAUUUGGGUCUUUUAGAAAAGAAAAAAGAUUAUAUCGCCAGAGCUAAAGAUUAUCAACGUAAAGAACAGACGUUGAAACUUCUUCAUAAACGUGCACUCAAUAAGAACCCAGAUGAAUUUUAUUUUCACAUGGUCAAUUCCAAGCUUGAAGGUGGAUUACAUAGGGAAAAACGUAAAAACGAUGAUAAUACACCAGAGCAAAUACAGUUGAUGGCAACUCAGGACAUUAAAUAUGUUGCACACAAGAGAAACAUCGAAGCAAAGAAAAUAGAUAAACUUCAGAGUCAAUUACACAUGAUAGAUGUAGCAAAUGAAACUCAGAACAAACACAUUUUUUUCCUUGAUGAUUCUGAAGAAAUGAAAAACUUUGAUCUCUCCAAAAGGCUAGAUACUCAUCCAGCAUUGUUAUCUAGGCGUACAAAUAGGCCAAAGUUGAGUAGAUUAAAGGAUAUGAAGCUACCAGAUAUAGAUGAAUCUACAUUAAAGAAGAUUGAACAGAAGAAGCAUAUGUCCUACAAAGAAUUGCAGAAGAGGAUUGAAAGAGAGCGCGAAUUAACUAUUGUACAACAGAAAUUAGAAAUGCAGAAAGCACUGAAGGAUAGAAAAGUUACUAAACCAAAAUUAGUACGUAAAGGUACAAAGGAUGCUCCUCCUGUUUACAAGUGGAAAUAUGAAAGGAAACGAUAAUAUUGUAUUUUAUUUAUAUUUAGAACGUUCACCUUAAUAAAUGAUAUUUUUAAAACAAUAAAAUUCCUUCCC